AUGUCGCCUAGCGGGACGGCUCAGGAUGAUGCUGUCCAGAAGCAUCGGGCGUGCGAUGAAUGCCGAAUUCGGAAGCUUGCAUGUACCAAAGAACAAGAUGGCUGCUCCCGAUGUCGAAGAGAGAAUAUUCCGUGCCACUACUCCCCACAAAAGCCCAUGGGAAGGCCACGGAAACGCCCGCGAGAAGAGCCCGGCGAGAAACCUCUUGCCGCCGCUCCGCCAGCAAAGACGGCUAUGACAGAACAGCCGCCAGACACAGAGGACCCGGGCAUGGAAUUCAUCAACACGUUGUUGGAGGUCGACUUUGGCCUCGACUUGAACCAGUCAUUUCAGCCAACGGAAGAAGCACCGACGACAACAGACGUUCCCACUCAGCUCUGGGAUUACACCAACUUCGGCGAAGUCAAUUUCGAUUCCCAGCCCGCCGAAAACGCACCGAUAUUUACCCCAGUCAACAUUGACCCGGCCCUGUUCAUCGCACCAGCAGCGUCUACUUCGCCUUCAAUGGACCAGGUCCCCGCACUAUCCCCCGCAAACUCGAACACGAGCGGCUCGCCCGAGAGCGCGAGCCCUGCCGUGAUGAGCUCCUCCUUGCUAGAAUGUGACUGCAUGGCUAGACUGUAUUCGGCUUUAAACUGGAUGCAGAAACUACCGGACGAGGUCGAGCCCGCAAUCCGUCUCGCUCGCCUAGCUGCGAAGACGGCAUACGAAGUUGUCAAUUGUAAUAAGUGCGGCUCGCAGCUCUUGCCCACGAUGCAACACAAGGUCGGCUCGCCUUACAUGAUGAUGAUCUUCCAGAACAUGAUGCUCCUAGGCACGCUGAUUCCGAGUAUCGUGCACGCAUACGCGCGGAUGUUGAACAUCGUCGACGAGGAAACGAAUCGCGCCAUCGCCGAGCGACGGAAGAUGACGUUCAAAUUGAACGGAUUGGGAGGUAUAUGGGGCCACUUCGACAACAUUGACGACGAGAAAUGCGGCGCCAAGCGCAAUUUCGCGUACAGGGAGAUGGAGCCCGCCAUGUGGCGUCUGACGGUGCGCGCGCUGCUGAAGAUUGAUGUCUACGGCAUGUCGGGCCGCUGUACUGCUGCCGGAGAGAUGCCUUUAGCUGCCGACCCGUUCCAUCUCGGACUCAAGGACAUUGUCACGCUCAUGGAGGACAAGGCUAAGGCACGACAUGCGCUCAUGGAUACCAUGGUUCUUGCGGGUGUGUGGGAGAAACCGAAUUGCUUCGUGGGGGCUGCGAAUCCUGGAGAGCCGCCGACAUGUCAGCGUAUCAUAUCUAUUGCGAGAUCAUCGGUCGAACGGCUGUGUAUUGCGUGA